GGGAAUUGAACAGAUCCAGUGAAGUCAUUUCCAACUAAGGACUUCCAACUACAAGAUGACGACCGAAGAGGCUAUUUUCCGCUCUGCGGAUAUGUCCUUCAUUCAAUUUUAUAUUCCUAGUGAAAUAGCGAGAGAUGUGGUAACUACGCUUGGGGAAUUAGGAAACGUUCAAUUUAAUGAUUUGAAUGCAGAUGUCAGUGCUUUCCAAAGAACUUUUGUCCAAGAAAUAAGACAACUAGAUAACGUUGAGCGUCAAUUGAGGUACUUGCAAUCAAUUAUUGCUAAGGAACACAAUUUGUUGAUAUCUCAUGACCCAUUAUUGACUGUUGCGCAAAGUUCCAGAUCGAAUAUUGAAACGUUGGCUGGUGAUAUCGAUUUACUAGAGAAGCGAGUACUGCAAUUAGACUCUUCAUAUGAUGAGCUGAAAAGCCGUCAACAUAGAUUGCUGGAAAAUAGACAUGUUUUGAAUGAAUCUCGGGUGUUCUUUGAUAAUAACAUUGAAGAAAACGUUAGAAUUAGUUUAGAUCAAGUUGAUGAUGCCCCAUUAUUGUUGGAGCAAGAGAGUUUAGAAGCUGGUAUUCAAUUAUCUCACUUGAACGACUUGGCAAUGAAUUAUGUUGUUGGUUCAAUACCUAGAGCCAAAAUUGAUAUCUUGAAUAAGAUAUUGUGGAGAACUUUGAGAGGUAACUUAUAUUUCAAUCACACACCAAUUCAAGAACCAAUCCUUGAUUUCCACUCAGGAGCUGAGAUUGAUAAGGAUGUGUUCAUUGUCUUCACUCAUGGUGAAUUGUUAUUACAAAGAGUGAAAAAAAUCAUUGAUUCAUUGGAUGGUAGCGUUUAUGAUGUUUCUUCAGAUCAUGAAAUUUAUGAGCAAUCGUUGGCUCAAAUCAAUGCUCAAGUAACCGAUAUUGAACAAGUCUUGAAUAGCACACACCAAACAUUACAUACUGAACUUUAUGUCAUUGCUGAUCAACUUCAAAUUUGGCAAGCCAUCAUCAGAAGAGAAAAAAUGGUUUAUGCUACGUUGAAUAAAUCAAAAGAAGGUGCUCGUGGUCUUGUUGCUGAAGGUUGGGUCCCAACUUCAGAGAUCGAUGACGUUAAAAAUGCAUUGAGAGAUGUUGAAGGUGCUCAAUCAGCUGUGUUGACCGUCAUGGCUACUAACAAAACCCCACCAACCUAUCAUCGUACAAAUAAAUUUACACAGGCUUUCCAAUCUAUUGUUGAUGCAUACGGUAUUGCCACUUACCAAGAAGUUAAUCCGGGGUUGGCAACAGUCGUGACUUUUCCAUUUAUGUUUGCUAUUAUGUUUGGGGAUUUGGGGCAUGGGUUUAUUGUUUUCUUAGUUGCGUUAACAUUGGUGUUGAAUGAAAAGAAAUUGGCACUACAGAAGAAGGAUGAAAUUUUUGAUAUGGCAUACUCUGGUCGUUAUAUCAUCUUAUUGAUGGGUAUUUUCUCCAUGUACACUGGUGCUCUUUACAAUGAUAUUUUUUCGAAAUCUAUGACAUUAUUUAAAUCUGGAUGGAAAUAUCCUGAUGACUUCAAGAAACAUGAUACAAUCGAAGGUCACAAAGUUGGUGUUUAUCCAUUUGGGUUAGAUUGGGCAUGGCAUGGUGCUGAAAACAAUUUACUGUUUACAAAUUCAUACAAGAUGAAAUUGUCCAUUUUGAUGGGAUUCCUUCAUAUGACUUAUUCAUUCUUCUUCUCAUUGGUCAAUUAUCGCCACAGACAUUCAAAAGUUGAUAUUAUUGGUAACUUUAUCCCAGGUUUGGUGUUUAUGCAAAGUAUCUUUGGCUACUUGUCAUUCUGUAUUGUUCUGAAAUGGUGUCGGGAUUGGAUUGCGUUGGACAGACCAGCUCCAGGUCUUUUGAAUAUGUUGAUUAAUAUGUUUUUGGCACCAGGUGUUGUUGAUGAUAGAUUGUUCAAAUUCCAGGCACCAUUGCAAGUAUUUUUAAUACUGAUUGCUGCUGUUUGUGUCCCAACAUUGCUGUUGUUCAAACCUUUGACUCUUCGUCGUAAAAAUAACAGUGCAAUGGAAGCUGGAUAUCAUAAUUUACAUGAUCAAGAACAUAAUGAUACUUUGGUGGAGGCUGAAGAAAAUGCUGGUGACGAAUUUUUAAUUGCUCAUUUUGAGGAGCCAGAGGAAUUCAAUUUUGGAGAUAUUAUGAUUCACCAAGUCAUCCAUACUAUUGAGUUUUGCUUAAACUGUGUUUCUCACACAGCUUCCUAUUUGAGAUUAUGGGCCUUAUCAUUGGCUCAUGCGCAAUUAUCAUCAGUUUUGUGGUCAAUGACUAUAGCCAAUGCCUUUUCAGUUGAAAAUCCAGGAAGUCCAAUAGCUGUUGCCAAAGUUGUGAUAUUAUUUGGUAUGUGGUUUGUGUUGACAGUUUGUAUCUUGGUCUUAAUGGAAGGUACUUCUGCCAUGUUGCAUUCUUUACGUCUACAUUGGGUUGAAGCCAUGUCAAAAUUCUUCGAAGGUGAAGGUUACGCUUACGAGCCAUUCUCAUUGAAAAACAUUGGAGAAGAACCAACGGAGAUAUGAACAAUUCCUAAAAUAAAUAGAUAUCUUAAAAUACAAAAAUUUAAGUAUAGAUGUUGUACUUGUGGAACUGCCAUUUUGCAACUGGUCUUUCAGUUUCGCGAAUUUUUUUUAUCAUCGAUUAUGUAAUUUUUUUGGCGACGCGUAACGAAUCUGAAAAAUGAAAGACCGUGUAUCAUAUCAACAAGUACUUCUUAAUCAAAUAACGAUCAAUAGACUCGAUUAAAGAUGUCUGACGUGGAAGAUGAAGCUCAAGUGCCCACAUACUCUAAUGAAGGUAUUGGGCCAACUUUGACCAAACAAGAAGAGGAAAGACGACUGAUCAGAUCAUA